AGUGUCAGUUGAGCUCAGCUGAAGGCAAAGGAACAAAGAAAGAUCAAGACUCAGUGGCUGCUUUAGACAAAAGGAAAGUGAGAAGAGUCAAAGUCCUUUGUGAUGGAGAAAUUUAAGGCUGCUGUCUUGCUGGCAGGGGUAGGGGAUGCUCUUGGUUAUCGAAAUUUCACCCGAGAAAACAGUGCUUUAGGUGCAAAGAUCCAAGAGGAACUAAAGGAAAUUGGAGGACUUGAGAACCUGGUGCUGUCUGGAGACAAAUGGCCAGUAAGUGACAAUACCCUCAUGCACAUGGCUACAGCAGAGGCUGUCAUCACAGAUUACUGGUGUUUAGAAGACCUGUAUCGUGAUUUGGUAAAACACUAUGUUGAGAUUAUUGACAAACUUCCAGGGAAAUGGUCAGACCCCGCUACCAUUGAAGGUUGCUCACAGUUAAAACCAGAUAACUAUCUCCUAGCUUGGCAUACACCGUUCAAUGAAAAGGGUUCUGGAUUUGGAGCUGCUACAAAAGCCAUGUGUUUAGGGAUGAAAUACUGGAAGCCUGAGAGGCUAGAAACUCUUAUUGAAGUGAGCAUCGAGUGUGGACGAAUGACUCAUAAUCACCCUACAGGCUUUUUAGGGUCCUUUUGUACUGCUCUGUUUGUAUCAUAUGCAAUACAAGGAAAGCCACUUGUGCAGUGGGGAAGGGAAAUGAUGAAGGUGGUCCCAAUGGCUGAAGAAUAUUGCAAAAAGACCAUUCGACACAUGGCAGAAUAUCAGGAGCACUGGUUUUACUUUGAAGCCAAAUGGCAGUUUUAUUUGGAGGAGAGAGAAAUCACUGAAGAUAAUCAGAAUAAACCCAUCUUUCCUGAUAAUUAUGAUGCUGAGGAGAGAGAAAAGACUUACAGGAGGUGGAGUUCUGAAGGACGGGGUGGAAGAAGAGGCCAUGAUGCUCCCAUGAUUGCAUAUGAUGCUCUUUUAGGAUGUGGUGGUGACUGGACAGAACUUUGCAACCGAGCAAUGUUCCAUGGGGGGGAGAGCGCAGCCACUGGAUCUAUUGCCGGCUGCUUGUAUGGAUUGCUUUACGGCCUGAACAAGGUUCCCAAAGGCUUGUACCAGGAUCUUGAACUGAGGGAGAGGCUAGAAUACUUGGGCGAGUCUCUUUACCGACGAUCCACAGAGGAAAAGUAAAGCAGUUUCUGCCAUUUUUCUCUUUCUAUAAAGACUCUGUCAAACACUGUAGAUAACUGACUAGUUAUAAUAACACUGUUCUAGGCUGGUGAGGUUUAGUUCUAAAAGGUUGUGUGUAUAAGUGCAGUUAGCUGAGUCAUUCAGGAGUAACUGGACACUGUAAAUGUUCAGUUUUUCACAGAUGCAGGGACUUUGAGUAUCGAACUUGCUCUUAAAGUACAAUUCAGGUCAGUGAGAUUAUUUUAAAUAAAAAAUAUAUAAAUAACUAAACCCCUCUUAGUAUCAAAAUUCUGCCUACCUUACUAAUGCCACCCCUAAAACGCUAUUAUCAGUAGUCUCUUGUACACAUAUAUAAUUAAUUUUCAGAACUAAUGCUUAUUUUGCUGAACUAAUAGUAUGAUCCUUUUGUGAGGAUGUUUAGUUCCCUGUAGAUUUUAAACUUUUGACAAUUCUUCCACCUCCCUCUUUCCUCCUCCUCACAUCUAAUGUCUCUGUAAUACUUGAAACUCUAAUGUGUCACAGAUUAUUCAUUAAUGAAAUGUUAACCCUUUGUCAGCACUAUGGUGUGUAUGUAUUGUUAUGUGAGAAGCUUCCAGAAAGGAAAGGCCAACACUAGCAACACUGUCAAGGUACAGCAAAGCAUCAUUGUGUUUAACAUUUCUGCAUUAUGUUUUUUUCACUCUAGACUCUUCAAAACUCUUUUAAAAAGUUAACUGGCUGAAAUAUUUGUAAAUAAAUUAAUCUUAUGCUCAU